AUGGAACAACGAUUAAAUAAACUUACUAAUGAUUUGAGUAAUCUUAAAUAUAUCAUAGAUAGAUUAAAUGCACAUCCUUUUACAGAUCCUUUCAAAGAAAAAGCUCUUGAAGAUUACAUGAAACAAGUAACAAGACAAAUAAUGGAAUCUGUAUCAAGUCUUAUACAACCACUUCUUGGACAAAUCAACGAACCUAAAAUACUUAUUAGUAUUUUAAAAACAAACCUCGAUGAAUUUUUAAGUAUUCAACAACAAACACAACCAGAAAUACCAUCAAUUAUGUUACCGUCAGUACCUUCGUCAGCUAAACAAAUACGUUAUAUAGAGCCAUUAAAACCAAUUGAUUUACUCCAAGAUAUUUGGAAGUAG